AUGAGAUGUAUCAGAAGAAAAAAACAGAAAACUCAGCAAAGAAGUAAACCCAUUGCCGUUAUACUACCUGUCAAAGGGGCGGGCGUAAACAAUUCUGAUCAAGGCAAUCGUUAUGGAGGACUGCAACUGACACGAGAACGUCUUCAGUUUUCUGGAGAUAGUGAAAAUACACAUGAAGAGAGUACAAAUAACAAAGAACCGGCCAAUAAAGGAACACCACUGUCACCUGCUGAAAAUCAGACUUUUCAUGUGAAGGAACCAGCCGAGUCUGAUGAAAAGGGUUGUCAACAAAAUGGAUAUACACACCAAAUCGACAAUGAACGGGUACAGACUGAAAGACUGCAAUCCUCUCCGGAAAAGAAACGUGAAGAAGGACGACUAGUUAAUCAAGAUGAUAAUCAGUUGUCGCUGACCAAAUAUCAAGAUAUAGACGUCGAGGAUAAUGGAAAAUCAACUUAUAUGAUAGACUGGUAUGAGGUCAUCUUAGCGUUGUACAAGAUUUUACCACCGACAAAAUGGGAAUUCUUUGCCAUUCACUUAUUUCAAAAAUGUCAGCGAGUAAAGACGUUUAAUGUUCACAAUAAGGUGACAGAAAUUGAACGAGAUGCUCGUAAUAAACUUACCGAGGGAUGGGUACAAGCGGCCUAUCUUAUGGUAUUCAAUAAAUGGAAGACAAUUAUGGGAAAUGAGGCCAAUUUUGAACAGAUAGAGGAUGUAAUCAAGGAAACAAUUGAUGACAAAAGCGUUAUGGAUACAUUCUUGUCAAUAAAAAGGUUUAUAACAAUCGUGGUUAAGGGACCGAUCCUUUAAACUCCUUGGAAUAAGGGAUGGGGAUUUGUCUUUAAUAAGGAGUUUUGUUUGCUUGGGAUGAAAUACCAUAUUCAAAGUAUUUAAAAAUCAGCUCCUAAUUUAUACAGUAGAUGAAAAAUUGUAAAAUUUGCGAAUGCCAAAUAUGCGUUAGCGAGUAUUUCAAUACUGAAAAUAGUGUCGUCAGCUACGUCAUGUUUAAACUAUAUAAUAGCGAACUUAGAAGAAAGAUAAAUUUGACUAGGGGGUGUGAGCUUUUAAGUGUGAUUUUGAAUACUUUAAAAGCCGAAUGCUGAUUUCCAGUGAGACUUUCAUUAUAACUAUUCUUAUUAUUAUGGAACAAAUAUAGUAUUUAAUUACAUAUUUAUUACAAUAUAAACAGUUGUCUUUUAAAGAUGGUACUUCCCUCCUUGCUAUGUAUACUGUUUAAACAUGUACUAUAUUGAAGUAAGAAUAUUUUUCAAGUAACUCCGAAGUCAGAUUUUUUGUCAUAAAGAUCCCAGACACCUCCAGAAUAUCAAAUGGUCUGCCUCUAAGUAUGUAGGUGUUGUGUGUCCA